AUGCCCGGAAUAUACCGGGCACCGGAAGUGAUCUUAGAUAUGGAUUGGGACUCCAAGGUUGACAUAUGGUCAAUCGGUGCCAUGGUUUGGGAUUUAGUCGAAAGCAGUCAUCUUUUCUUCGCAAAGAAAGAUCAUGUCCUGAAUGAUGAACAGCACCUAGCAGAAAUGGUGUCACUCAUGGGACCUCCCCCUCAGGACUUCCUGAAGAGAAGUGGGAAAUGUCAGCAGUUUUGGGACAUGCAAGGUAAAUGGAAAGGCUCUGUGCCUAUACCAGAGCAAACGCUAGCGACGAGAGAGCGGCAAUUUCCUGGAGAAGAUAACAUCCUCUUUUUGAAUUUCUUGCAAAGGAUAUUCCGCUGGUUGCCGGAUCAACGGCCAACAGCAGAAGAGCUUGCAUAUGAUGACUUUUUAAUGCAACCACUACUGGAAUCCAGGGCCUAG